ACGAAUAUAUAUAUACAUGUAUAUAAUUUCGUCUCAGCGCCUCCCGGAAAUAGAAAAUAACGACAGCCAUUAGCCUAUAUAGAUUAUUACUUCCUGUAUAAACAAACCUUACAAAGCAUGGAUACUGUAAACAAUGACAAUGGUGGUGCUACGGUGCUUGAGAAUAAUGGAAAAACCGAUAAUAUAGAUAACACAGAGCAAACAGAUUCCACUGUUUCAGUGCAGUCUGGAAGUGUAGAGAAAGAUUUAACAGGAACUGUAGCCAAACAUUAUAAUGAAUUACAAGAAGCUGGUAAAGAAUCUCGGACAUUCAGUAGAAUAUAUCAUUUACGUAACUUCAAUAAUUGGGUAAAGAGUGUCUUGAUAGGUGAUACAUUAGAUAAGUUACGAGGUAAUGAUAGACAUAAACACCUGACAGUAUUAGAUCUAUGUUCAGGUAAAGGUGGAGAUUUAUUGAAAUGGAGAAAAGGUGGCAUAAAUAAAUUAGUUUGUGCAGAUAUUGCGGCUACAUCUGUAGAACAAUCAGAGGGUAGGUAUAAUGAAAUGGCUGAGAAGUCCAGAUAUGAUAGACAUUCUCCAAAAAUAUUUGAAGCAGAAUUCAUAGCAGCAGAUUGUACAAAGGAGAUUUUAAAAGAACGUUUCAAAGAUCCAUCAAUGCUGUUUGAUCUCACUUGUUGUCAGUUUUCCUUCCAUUAUUCAUUUGAAAGUCAACCUCAAGCUGAAAUGAUGUUACGUAAUGCUUGUGAAUGUUUAAAACCAGGUGGAUAUUUUAUUGGAACAACACCAAAUUGUAAUGAACUAGUCAAAAGAUUACGAAAUAGUGCUGAUAAUAGUUUUGGUAAUGAUGUCUAUAAAAUAACAUUCCCGAACACAGAUAAGAGUACCUUCCCUUUAUUCGGUGCCAAAUAUGAUUUUCAUUUGGAGGGUGUUGUAGACUGUCCAGAAUUCUUAGUUUAUUUUCCUUUAUUAGAAAAAUUAGCAGAAAAGUAUGGGAUGAAAUUAAUAAAGAAGGUUCCAUUUGAUGAAUUUUACACAGAGAAAAUUGAAAGAGGUGAUGCCAGAAAUUUAAUUGGCCGAAUGAGUGCUUUAGAGCCCUAUCCCAAUGAAGAAGGUACUGAUCUAGUAGGUACAGCAGAAGAUGAUUAUAUACAUGCCAAAGAGUUUCUAUCUUCUUUAGAAUCACAAGAUAACAGUAGUCAUCAUCAUCAUGGUAAUAGGAAACCAUUAAAAAUUGGAACUUUAUCUAAAGCUGAAUGGGAAGCUACAACUGUGUACUUAGUCUUCAUUUUCCAGAAAGAUGGUGGAGAAAAAGACAUGUCAGAAACUGGCGAAAGCUCAAGCCGUAAACAUGCCGCAUCUGACAGAUCACAGGAACCUGCAGAAAAAUCAUGCAAAACAUCGCCAUGAUAAGAAUCUUUGAUAUUGUAUGUUACUGUGAAAUAUUCAUAUCAGUACAGAUGCAUUUCGUAAAUUUUAAUGUGUGUGUAUGAAGAUCAGCUAGUUCGGGAAAGAUAAAUUUAUUUCAAAAUUUUCAAUUCUGAAGUAAAAUGAUUUGUAUAUGGGAGCUCUGAAACAUACAAUACAUUAAAAGAGCAUAUCGUACUAAUAUACAUGAAAUAUUUAUGUAUUAUAUGUAGAACGUCAUUGAUAAUAUUCCAUUUAUUGCAUAUUGCCUUAUCAUGAUCAUUAUUAUGUUAAAAAUAGCAGUAAUCAUUAAAACCAAUAAUCAUUUUUUUUAAUUUUCUCAUAAAAGAUAUGGUACUCUUAGGAGAUGGUCAGAUGUUUUGUGUUUCUUAAGCAUGGUAAUCCAAUAAUCUCAUGACCUUGAUAUCUCCCAGGUUAACUUUUCAUAUUGAUAUUUAAUGUCACCUGUCUUUAUAUAUAACUACAUGUAACAUGAUCUUAUUGUUGUUUAACAGGAGAGAAAUGUUUCAUGUCGGUAUAUCGCAUUGUCUUCUUGUAUAUUAUCCUCCAAUUAAACGCUUUCCUCAUCGGUUAUGGAAAGAACACAUUAGUUAAAUUCAAUUCAUUGCUUUAAUUUGUCCUAAGUCGAAGAGGUUUAGCUCACCAAACCCUUGCCUUGUUAUUGUGUAUCUUCCUAUGUAUGUCAAGUUUUAAACUAAAGUUUUCCAUUUAAACAAAUAUUGAAUUACAGAUGUUCGACUUGAGGGCAGAGCUCCCAUAAUCAAGUAGAUAUUUAAAGUAGAUGUACCUUAUUAAUAAUUGAAGACAAUGAGGUCCUAUCUAUUCAUCCAUCCAAUUUCUAGAAAUAAAAAUUACAUGAAAUUCUGAAAAA